AGGCUAUUUGACGGGCUCGAGCUCUAUCAGGACGCUACGCAUACGUCUCCAACGACCGAAUUUGAUUUCUUCCUCUCAUCUCCUUCUCCUCCUCCUCUAAUAGCUAGGUAGAUUUCAUAUCGCAUGCGUGGUGCUUUUAGCCUUGCAGGUCAAUCGCAAGUCGAGGCACACAGAGAAAUUAAGUAGCUAGCUUGAUAGAUAGGCAGUAGCAUGAUCCCGGGAGGAGGAAACCCAUACUUCCUGCAGAACCACCACCAGCAGCAGCAGCUGUUCCAUGCCCUCGAUGGCAUGGACGGCAGCGGCGCAUUCAUGGGCGCGGCCGGCGACGCCGAGCCGGCGGUGUCCGAGUCGGCCGACACGCACUGCCACGCGCUGCUCUACAACCUGUCCGUGCUCAAGGACAAGGUGCAGCAGGUACAGCCUCUCGUCGGCCUCGCGGUCGCGCACGACGGCAACAGCGGACCCGUCGCCGCCGUGUCCGGGGCCAGCGUCGUCAUCCAGGAGAUCAUCUCCGCCGCCUCCUCGAUGAUGUACGCCUUCCAGCAGCUUUGCAGCCACGGAACCUCGUCCGCUAACGCCGCCGCGCAGGAGGAUCACAGCAUCGCCGUCAGCAACCACGGCGCCGCAGCCGGCCAUGCCAAGAACGGCGGCACAGUGGACAGUGGCUGCGGCGACCAGCAAGCCUCCGUCGUCAUUGACCAUGUCAUGCAGCAGUGGCAGCAGCACACCGUCGGCUACGACAACCGUAUCCACAGCAAGACGGCGGCCGUGGCCACGUCAUCGCAGGCAACGGGGAUGGCCGAGGAGGCCGACACGAUCAUUGAGUUGGACGCGGCGGAGCUGCUGGCCAAGUACACGCACUACUGCCAGUUGUGCGGCAAGGGGUUCAAGCGCGACGCCAACCUGCGUAUGCACAUGCGCGCGCACGGCGACGAGUACAAGAGCAGCGCGGCGCUGGCGAACCCGGCCAAGGCGAGUGCUACCGCCGGGGGAGACGCGGCGGCGGGGGUGAGGAACAGCAGCAAUAGGUCCUACUACUCGUGCCCGCAGGAGGGGUGCCGGUGGAACAGGAAGCACGCCAAGUUCCAGCCGCUCAAGUCGGUGAUCUGCGCCAAGAACCACUACAAGCGCAGCCACUGCCCCAAGAUGUACGUCUGCAACCGCUGCCACCGCAAGCACUUCUCCGUGCUCUCCGACCUCCGCACCCACGAGAAACACUGCGGCGACCACCGCUGGCUCUGCUCCUGCGGCACCUCCUUCUCCCGCAAGGACAAGCUCAUUGGCCACCUCGCUCUCUUCGCCGGCCACCAGCCCGCCGUACCGCUCGGCAGGAACCCCAACGGCUGGAGGUCCUCAUCGUCAACAUCGGCGCAGCUCGGCACGUAAUGGCGUGAGACAUGAUCACAAGCUAUAAUAUUGUCGCAUCUGGUUUUUA